CUUUGACGGUUCCGAGGCCCGAUAAGGGCCCCGAGAGGCCGAAAAUAGAGAAAUACCUUCCGCCGUGACUUCUUCAUGACCCGAGGGGGUCUGGCUCCCCUCCCCACCCCGCCGAGGAUCUUCUGCGCCACGCGGCCUGGUGGCGCCUGCUCGGGGCCACACGCCCUGGCCCUGGCCGCGGUGCAGCCCCGCGGCGACGGGCCUGCGGGCGCCGGCGGCUCCUGGCUGCUGUGCUUCUCGGCCGACGGGAAGCUGCGCCUGUGGGAGGUGUCCGAGCGCGGUCACGGGCGGCUUCUGGCCGCGCGCGAGGUGAUGCAGGGCCAGCGUGCGGUCGCCGCUCUGGGGGCGUCCUCGCCGUACAUCAGGGCGAGCCCCUCCGGCUCCUCCGCGUGCCUUGUGCUCCGCGGCGCAGUGUAUGUGAUCCGCCUCCCCGCGGCGGGCGCAGCUGCCCUCGACGGCCUGGCGGUCACAGAGG